UCUCUGCUUUUGGCGCGGUCUUGAUAGCGGUGUCGGCCAUCUUGGAACCACACUUUGUAAGGCAACUCUCGGAGACAUUACAUGACCACACGACUCAUUGAUUGGCACCUAAGCGUUAAUUGAGAAUAUAAACUGUUGUGUGUCCUCAUUUAACGAAGAAAGCAGACACUGUUUUUUAUUGCUCACUGAGCGGUGAAGCAAACUCAGGAUUUUUAACAGAACCGUUAUGGCGACUGCUACCCCAAGCCGUGAAGCUGGCCGGCCGGCGGCCUCUACACCUCUCUCCCCGACCCGGAUCUCUCGCUUACAAGAGAAACAAGAUUUGCAGCACCUUAACGAUAGGCUGGCAGUAUAUAUCGACCGUGUCCGGUCAUUGGAGCUAGAGAACGACCGGCUGAUGGUCAAAGUGUCUGAGAAGGAGGAGGUGACUACUAGAGAGGUGACAGGCCUGAAGUCUCUGUAUGAGGCAGAGUUAGCUGAUGCUCGACGGGUUUUGGAUGAAACUGCUAAAGAGAGAGCCAGGCUCCAGAUAGAUCUGGGCAAGGCUCAGGCUGAGCUAGAAGAAGCCACACGCAGUGCCAAGAAGAAGGAUGGUGAUCUUGCAGCAGCAAUUUCCAGGGCCAGUGGUUUGGAAGGCCAGCUGAACCAGAGUGAAGCUGCCCUUUCUACAGCUCUAAGCCAGAAUGCUGCUCUGACCUCCGAGCUGGCUGAUGUCAAGAGCCUGCUGGCUAAGGCAGAGGACAGCCAUGCUGUUGCUAAGCGCCAACUAGAGGCAGAGACACUAAUGCGUGUAGACUUGGAGAACCGCUGUCAAUCAUUAAGUGAAGAGCUGGAGUUCAGGAAGAGCAUGUUUGACGAGGAGGUGCGUGAGUCCCGGCGUCGCCAAGAGCAGAGAAUAGUGGAGGUGGACUCUGGAGUCAGACAGGACUAUGAGUUCAAACUGGCACAAGCUUUACAGGACCUAAGGAAGCAACAUGAUGAGCAAGUCUCUCUUUACAAGGAAGAACUAGAGCAAACCUUCAAGGCCAAGUUGGAUAAUGCUAAGGUGUCUUCAGAGAUUAAUGACAAGGCAAUGAGCACAGCCAGAGAGGAGAUGCAGGAGUCCCGUAUGAGAAUAGAGAGCCUCGGAUAUCAGCUGAGUGCCCUGCAGAAACAGGCAGCUGCCUCGGAGGACCGAAUCAGAGAGCUUGAGGAAAUUCUGUCAGCAGAGAGAGAUAAGCACCGCCGUGCUAUCGAGGGAAAAGAGCAAGAGAUGAGUGAACUGAGAGACAGAAUGAACGCUCAGCUCAGUGAAUAUCAGGAGCUGCUGGAUGUGAAACUCGCCCUAGAUAUGGAGAUCAAUGCAUACAGGAAACUGCUGGAGGGAGAAGAGCACAGACUCAAGUUGUCCCCUAGCCCAUCAGCUCGAGUCACUGUCUCCAGGAUAACUGGAUCUUCCUCCUCCCGCACCUCCAAGAGGAAGAGAGUGGAGGUGGAGGCUAAAGAUGUGCCAGAGGAGGGAAGAGGAGAGGAACAGCUGCUGGUGUCAGAAGAGGCCACAGCAAGUGGAGCAGUCACCAUAUCACCCACUGACAUGGAUGGAAACGCUGUCACACUGACCAAUGAUACCGAGCAGGACCAGCCUUUGGGCAACUGGAGGUUGAAGAGACAGGUUGAUGACGGGGAUGAGGUCAUCUACAAAUUCUCCCCAAAGUUUGUUCUCAAGGCUGGACAGUCAGUCACGGUGUGGUCUGCAGAUGCUGGCGUGGCCCACAGUCCACCAUCUGACUUGUUGUGGAAGAGCCAGGCUUCUUGGGGCACAGGAAAUGACAUCAUUACCACUUUGAUCAAUGCUGAUGGCGAGGAGGUGGCCAGCAGGAGUGUAACCAAGACUCAGGUGGAGGUAGAAAAUGGAGAAGAGGAAGAGGAAGAGGCACAAACAGGCAAGGUGUCAUCCAGAGAGUGUGCCAUCAUGUGAAGUCUUCAUAUUCUGUUGUUGGCUUUGACUUCCACAUUUUAUUUUACUUUUUUCUCCAGAGCCACUCAGAUAUGAUCCUGGUCAUUGCCUCAUCAUUUGAUGUUUUUUUAUUGUUCAAGAAGAUAUUAGAAUUUUUGGACUAAUGGACUAUUUUUACUGCUCUCCACAUUUCUGGACAUGCUUUAAUAUGAGUCAUUUCUCUAAACAUGACUUGCAAUGCCAAUGUUUGUGGAUCAUGCAAAGAUGAUGAAUGCAAACAUUCAGUGAAACUGUGGUGAGGUAACUGAAUACUCCCACCCCUACUAACAUUACUCUACUUGUCAAUGAUUGAUUCCACUGGCUGUCUUUCAUUCUUCUUCAGUAAGCAUUUUGGUUUCAUCUUUCAUGCACAGUAGAACACAGUAUAUAACACUUGCACAGAAACUGAAAGAACCUGCUAUAGUUUUCAACGUAAAGGACCUCCCCAUGUAGCUCCGUAACCAAGACCCUUUUGACCAAGAGGUCUUGAUGUGUUCCCCAUUUAUAUUUAUUUGUGUGGUCACCCAGUUAGAUUUUGCCCCUCUUAACAUUUUCCUCUGUGUUUUCUAUUGAUGUCUUUCUUUGAAAGAGCUGAAUGGAAAUGCAGAUGAAACUGAGUUGAUUGGAAAGCCUGAUGAAAUGAUGCACUAAUGCGAUUGUGCUAGAAAAGUGGUUUUCCCAAGUUAGCCUGUGAAUCCACUGCUGGUUGCAGCCAGUUGUCAAGUGUUGGACUUCAAAGCUUAGACCACCACAAAUGAACUCCAGACCUUUGGGACACACUGGGUCAUUUCAUGACUGGCUGUCAGAAUCCUGAAGCUGUCCCUGUCUUUGUGUUCAUUUCCUCUCUCUGCUUCAUCUCUGUCCUCCAUUUCCUCCAUGUUCUUUCUUUCUUCAAAGACAGCGACAAUGGAAUGUGAGUUCAUGUGAUCUCAGUUUUACUUGGGGUGAGUCAGCAGUAGUGGCCAGUUAAUAUCAGAUUAUUUUGAACAGUACAGUAUAUUGGAAUGAAAACGUUUAGUGCACACUAAAAUCUGGAGUCCUGCACCAAAUAGAAUAAGUUGAUUUGUAACAGUUACCUAGCAUGAGCAGUGUAUUUCAGUCUUGUGUCUCACCUCCUGUUGACAGUGAGUUCAGUAUUCACUGCUGUUGCAGCUCAGAUUCAGUCCAGCAACACCUUUUGAAAAGUAAGUGGUGUUCAGGCUUGGUUGCUUUAGUCUCUGAAUCAAGACAAUGAGCUGCAGCUGCAUACAAAUCUGCAGACCAGACCAGAAACAGGAAGUGUGUGUAUACGGUCAGGAGAGAAAAGAAAAGUGAUACUUAACUUUAUCUGGUAAUCAUGUCAUGAAAUGGAACCACACGGCAGAGUGGAGAGAUGAACCUAUGACAGCUGUCACACAAGAAUGGAUCCACAUGCAUCUCCUGCAUCAAAGAGAUGUUACAUAAUUAGGUUUACAGCCAUAAACAUGGUUAACUCAUAGUUAUGGGUUGGAAUGUUUCUCAGACAUGUUAGCAUUGUUAUAAUAACAGUCACCAGGUUUUCUCCAAGUUUCUCCUGGAACCAGAAUUCAGUAACAUUGCUGCAUCUUAAAACACUGAAUGGCCAAAAUGUGGCUGGAGUUCUACCUGGAGGAUGUGGGUUUGGUAUGUUGAUCCCAGUUUGGCCGUUGAAAUAAUGAAAAGAAAAGCCAUCUGACUGGCUUUGUCAGUCUGAAAUAAUAAACGGACAUAACAUUUAAGUAUACACAAGGUAAACAGUGAAAGCAACACUUGUAUGAUGCAGUUCAUGAGGUGAUAUUCAGAUGGUUGCAUUAUCACCAUCUCUUUAUUCUCAUGUUAUUUUUGGAUUGCAGUACAUUGUACGAGAGUUGCUCUUAUUGCAAACCUUGUGUGCCAUUUUGGGAAACUCCGUUUUUCUUGUGUGUUUGUAUGCUGUGCUUUACAUUAUUAGUUAUUUUCCUGUAGAGUUUUUGUCAAUGUAAUCUCUUUGUUUUACAUGAAACACUUAUUAUUUUGUGUUAAGGAACUCUGGGGUGAUUAGGGUUGGGUGUUUGUGACCUGAAGAGAAGGGUAAGAAUAGAUUCCUGGGCUUAAAUAUUUCAGGAUUGUGAUAAAACACUGAAUACUACUCCUGCAGUGUUCUUCUAAGAGUUUAAAGUCUUCACUCGGUGAGUGAAGGAUAUGGAAACCAUUCUGAGUUUCAUAAGUGACUGACUGAACAUCUGAAUUAGAUGAAGUGAGGCAGUGUUAGACAUACUGUGACUUGAUUGCUCUUGUCUAUACUGUAAGUCUUUGAUAUGUGAUAGCCACCAGUUUGCUAAUGCCAAUGCUAAUUUUACCAGUCACUCCAUGUUUUUUUUAGAAUUUAAUUUUGUAUAGACCCUCUUAAUCAAGCUUCAGUUAAAUCAAAAACUACUUCUGAAGUAUUCCUACAUGAAAAGCUUUUUGUUUUUUGGAGCAAUUGUUGCAUAUUAGUAUGCAUGAACAUUAGUUUGCUCUUUAAACAAUAUAUUUUGUUAUAGAUUUCCAGUUUUUAGCUUAACAGAAAUCAUAAAAUACCAAAAACACCAAAAUGCAAUAUUUAGGGCAGGUGAAAUAAAGAAACCCUCAGACCUUGGAGGAUAGUUGUAGUGACACAUCUCUGAAGGAAUAUUGAACAUAAGCACCCAAGUUUUAAUUGCUGGAGCAGAGACCUAGUAUUGUUCGUGUAAGUGGGGGUGGGGCUUAAUUAUUCAUUCAUAAUAAACUGUUGUUGAACUACUUUUUGUACCCACAAUAAACGUUUUACAUAUA